AUAACUUAUUAUAAUUUCUUUACUAAUUUUUUUUUAGGUUUUAUUUUAUUUAUCUUCUUCAUUAUAAAUAUAAAUAAUAUUAAUUUAUUUAUAAUUAAUAAUCUAUUUUAUAUUGAUGAAAUAAGUAUAAUAUUAAUUAUUUUAUCAAUUUGAAUUAUUCUAUUAAUAUUUCUAUCAAUAAAAUAUAAUAAAAUACUUUUUACUUUAUUUAAUAUUCUAUUAAUUACUUUAAUUUUAAGAUUUUCUACUUCUAACUUAAUUUUAUUCUAUAUUAUAUUUGAAAUAACUAUUAUCCCAAUAUUAUUUUUUAUUAUGUUUUGAGGAUAUCAAAUAGAACGAUUUGAAGCCAGCAUUUAUUUAUUAUUAUAUACUAUUUUUGGUAGAUUACCUUUACUAUUAAUAAUCUUAAUAUUAAAUAAUCACUAUAGUUUAUCUAUAUUUUUUUUAACAUUUCUAAAUAUUAAAUUACCCAAUUUUGAAAUAAUAUUCCUUCUCUUAGCUUUUUUAAUCAAAAUACCUAUCUAUGGUUUUCACUUAUGAUUACCAAAAGCUCAUGUUGAAGCUCCUAUUGCAGGUUCUAUACUUUUAGCUGGUAUUCUACUUAAACUUGGUGGAUAUGGUAUAUAUCGAAUUUUUAUGUCUAUUAAUUGAAUAAAUAUUAAAUUAUUAGAAAUCUUUAUUUGGCCUUUAACUAUUAUUGGUGCUAUUAUUAUUAGUAUCAUAUGUAUUACUCAAAUUGAUAUUAAAAUAUUAAUUGCUUAUUCAUCUAUCUGUCAUAUAAGUAUUGUUGUAGGUGGACUAAUAAGAGGUAAUUUUUGAGGUCAAUCAGGAGCUUUAUUAAUAAUAAUUAGUCAUGGACUUUGUUCUAGUAGCUUAUUUUUUAUAGCUAAUAUCUAUUAUGAACGAUUCUUUACUCGUAAUCUCCUUCUCUUAAAAGGAUUAAUAAAUAUUUUUCCUGUCUUAGGCUUUUUUAUAUUUUUAAACUGUGUUAUUAAUCUUGGAUCCCCUCCAACAAUAAAUCUUUUAAGUGAAAUUCUUCUUUAUGGUAGAAUUAUAAAAUGAAAUAUUUUAAAUAUACCUUUAUUAAUAAUUCUAUCUUUUCUUAGUAGAUUUUACUCUAUUUAUUUAUUUAGUAUCACUCAACAUGGAAAAUUUAUCUUUCAUAAAGCAAUUUUCUCCCCUUCUAUUAAAGAAUAUAAUAUUAUCAUUUUUCAUUUAUUUCCUUUAUUCAUUUAUUUAUUUAAAAUAGAAUUAUUUAUAUUUUUUUAUUUUAAAAAAUUACUAUUAAUUAAAAAUUUUUAA